UACUCAGUCAACCAAGUAAUUUAAGAACACCGAGAGAAUUAAAGUAAUGCAUGGUGGUUUUGCAUUUGCUGGUUAAAAUCUGAUUGUGACUCCUCACCUGUGCCACAAAACCGGCUGCAGAAGGGAAGCAGAAAGAUAGAAAUGCUGAGGUGAGAGAGGAGGAUCUGUUUUCGGUCGCAGUGGCAGCUGUGGAGAAUUGACACAGAGAGAGCGAGAGAGAAGUGGAGUGGAUCAUAUGGAGAAUAAUGAAGAAAUGAAGAGUUUGAUAUACAGCAGUACAGCAUUCUUCAUACACAGUAAUUCCGUGAUUAACAAGCUAAUAAAGCAAUUAUAUUAAGAUUAAGAGCCCCAAUUAUAAGCAAGUACGAUUUUAAAAUACAUUAAAACAAAGAUUAAGAAAAUGAGGUCAUUAAAAGAAGAAUAUAUACAGCAAUAUUUUUAAUUCAGGUAGAGGUCAUGAACUAAGAAAAAUCUAUAUUUUAAUUUAAAGUUUGAGCAAAUGAAGAAGUGAGGGUGUCAGCAGUUCUUGUCUGUUCAAGAAUGAAGAGCGCAGGAACUGGAAGCUGCUGAACCUUGUGUCUCCUGGCCCUGGGAAUAUUUAGUAAAUCUCUUCCAGAGGACCGCAGGGGUGCAGAAACAUGCGCAUGGGCCCAGAUUGUUAUUUAUUUGGACAAAAGUCAACUCCAAAAGAAAAUCCCAAAACUUCUUAAAGUUUUACCACUCCAAGAAGAAAGCUCUACUGUUCAUGCAUUUUUGUUCUUAUGAUAAAGUAAUGAAGUACGGUAAUUAAAUCGCCUGCAUCUUUUUCCGGACUCUCAGGGAAGCUGUGUUUUCCUGACAGCACUUGAACGCAGCGCGAGCGGAAACGCCCGUUGUAUUCCUUCAGUCUACUGCUGAUCUCCACAGCGUCUUUAACUACCGAUGUAACCACAUUUUAAUAUUUAGCAGCUCCUCUAUUGAAUUCAUACACCUCCCGGAGUGUUUGAAAGCUGGAAUAAGUCGGAGGAACAACAACACGGGAACGCUGAAGACUGUUCGUCUUGUUUUUCUACUUUAAACAACAGAGGAUGAAAUUCCUGUUGCUGCUGCUGCUGCUGCUGCUGUUUGUUUGUCACGUUUCUCUCAGAAGCGGCUUCAGAGAGUUGGAAUAUGGGAAGAGAUAUGGGUUUGACAUGACAGAAAUAGCUCACACUUUGGAGUUCACUCCGAAAGACAGCCGGACUCCAUCAGUGCUGUGGAGACGCGGAGCCACUCAGGUCGCAGACGGACAGAGGUGGAGGGUGUCUGGAACCUACUUCGAGAUCCCCAGAGUCACUGAAAGAGACAGCGGCACCUACAGAGUGCUGGUUGACAGAGGGAAUAAUGGAAUCGGGAUCCUCGAAGUAUACCAUCGUACAAUCGAACUGAAUCUGAAGUCGGGCCAGCUCAUGUCCUUCAGUGGUGAUGUGGCGAGAAAUUCCUGCAACAUCUUUUUCAUUCCAAAAACGGAACGGGACAUUCAGCUGGUGCGUGAUGGCAUUCUGCUAUACAACAUCGAAGACAUAGGUUGCAGCGGGUUUUAUUUUGAAAGACCCUGUCGGUUGUCAAAUGACGAGCCUCAGUCGUCAUGCAGUGGACAUUAUGAGGUCAGGGAUGAAAAUGGAGACAUUGCCUUGGAAGUGUACAUGGAGAUGCAGUCACAAUAUCCAAUAUACUUUGCCAUCGGUGGUUUCAUUUUGGUCGUUAUACUUGUGAGCUGCUGUGCAACGCGACUCUGCUGUGGACGGUCCUCAUCGAGGACCAAACCUCCAGCUGUUUCUGAGGCUGUUGUAAGACAUAACGAGUAUGAACAGGAGCCCGUCGGACCGAGACAAAACCAGCUCAGCCAGGCUCCGAGGACGCGGCUCGCCGCUGAGCCUUCUCGUACCACGACUGGACCGCUGAUACACGAUGCUCCGAGAGUGAAUUUGCCACCGGCUUAUUCUUCGAUGUAUCCUCAUGUGCAUCAGCCAAAUGGAGCAGCUGAGCCGCUCUGCUCCGAACCCGAGCCUCGGUUUGAACUGAAAGGAUUGAACUUUAACUUCACAGCCCCCCUCGGUUCAGAUUCAACGCAGUCCGACGUUUAUACCUCAAACAAACUCAACUUCCUUUGAAAGACAUUACUCCCACAUUUUGAAUUGUGUUCAUUGGUGUGAUUCUUUUUUUUCAGUUUUUUGUUGAAUAUGGUUUGUCAAGCCGUAAUGUAAUCUGGCACAUCAACAUGGACAGAAUGGUCUCUUUUGUUAAAAACAGCUUUUUUAACUAUCAAAUGUAUCAACAAAUCUUUCAGUUAAACCAGCUGUGAGGAAAAAUCUCUUCUCCCUUUGCUAUACUUCAAUAAGCCGUCAGUUUGUUUUGUGAUCUUGAUAAAAAAAACUCCAACUCAUUUACACACAUGAGCAGAAAUCAUGAAGAGUUGCUCUAUUUUCAGUGUAUAAAUGAGGAAAUCAUCAGCUUGAGUCCUCAUAAUUCACAUCUACAGUUUCUUUUUUUUUUUUUGACAAUCAGUCUACAGCCAUGAAACAAGUAAAGAUAAUAAUUUACAUCUGCAUUUUGACACUCUUUUUUUUGUUGGACUUUUUAAACCUCCAAAACCACAAGCCGCGAAACGUGCCUGAAAGAUCACAAGUUUGAAGCCAGAGAUCAGAAUUAUGUUACCAUUAAAAGCUUAAAAUUUUUUAUGGGAGUGUAUACAGUCAAAAUCAAAAUAAGUUCAAAGUACUGACAGAGUUUUAACAGUUUAACUGGUCUGGUAGUUUGUUGUUGUACUGACAGGAUGUUGAAUCUAUUUUUCUUUUUUUUUGCUUUUGCAGUUCUGCAAGUGGUGCAUUGUUUAUUGAUGACCAGUUUGUCUGGUUAUAUUUUCAGGAAAGAGAAUUGCAGCUCUUCACAGCCAUAUGUUUAUUUAAAAAGUGACAUAAAUCCUAAUCUUGUUUGCAUUUUUGCUGCAAAAAUAGCUUGUUGCCCUUCCAUGUAGCUGCAUAGAGGUGUGACAUACCUGAUGAUCGAUUAACAUAGCUGAACGUAUUUUCUGAAACUGCACACAUUAGAGAAUUAUCUUUUACAUGCUUGUUUUUGCAUUUGGUUUAGAUACAGUUAUUUCUUUCUUUUGAUUCGAGAUAUUGGCCUAAUUUCAGUGACUCUCUGGGCCACACAGGUGGAGUGGUUACCUUCAAAACUCACAGUGAGAAAUUAUCCCACUUCAUUCUGGGCUUGAGGGGCUUUUUGCAUUUUUUUUAGAUAUUUUUACAUAUUUUUGAGCAGUUUCAUCUCACACUCCAAAAAUAUCCAUAUGAGGUGAUUUGGUGCAUUGUGUGUGAUUGUGGUAUGAUGGACUGGAGGCCUCUCUCAGUUGUACUCUGUUUUUUUUCCCGGGGUUUGGGUUGAGCUCAUGUUCCCCUCUCUCUCUCUCUCUCUCUCUGACUCUCCGGGCCAUAACAUCCCCACACAGAUGAACUGGAUGACGCCUUAUAGAGAAUGGAUGAAAAAUUCCAUCAUUCAAUGUAAAAACAAUUACGGUAUUCACCAAAGCACUGCAAAUACUUGUAUGUAUGGUAAAUAUGUUUUCUUUUUCUUAUGUUUCUUCUGUUCUUCUGGACUGCAAUGCAAAAGGACUUUUUGCUUUUUCUUCUAUUUCCUGCAGAGAGCAGCAUUAAAUACCUCCAUACCUUCAAUGAAAUCAUGUUAACGUUUUCCCAAAAGUGCAUUAUGGAAACUUGUAACUAUUUUGAUACACAAACACAAGUACAAAAUUGAAUUGAGUACACACACUUAAGCAUUUUAGCAUGACAUAACAUCAUGAAUAUAUUACUGUUUGUUGUGUUUUUUUUUAAUGAACAUGUGAGUGCAUGGCCUUUAUUUACUUGUAUUGAAGUUGUUGGGUUUUUUCCCUGCACUAACUGGCGUCUCUUUGAAAGGAUCCGGUGAGACGUUUCCUCAUGGAUCUUGUGCAUGAUUGUCAGUGUUGUUCACACAGGUUUGUACAGCGGAUUAAAACUGGCAUUACCCUA